ACAGUCACAUUAUACACUGUAGCCUGUAUAAUUAGACAGUUGAAGUUUAUGGCUAGGCCCGUUUUUUGACGAAAGCUGAACGGUAACUAUCUGCAAAGGAGAGGAAAUGUUGGAGCUGCUAACAGACCUGUAGUCAUGUUGCAAAAACCAUGAGUCACAUAACGCCAUUGUAAUUCAAUAUCGCGAGAAAACUGAGCAAGUGUGUAUCACUUUUGGUGAGUUUUGUUGCCAUCGUUGAGGUAGCAACUUUUAUACAGUCUAUGGGUAACAAUGGGACACCAACAGUUGUGGCUCGCGUGGUCAAUUUCCCAGUCAACUGUAAAGGGCAUGAGAACGACUAUGUUUUCACCCAACUGUACACAGGACUUAAAGAGUAAAGACACCCCAGUAAAGAAUUCGCACAAUUAGCUCAAUAUGGGGUAAGAACUUAAAGGGAUAGUUCAGUUUCUUUGAAGUAGGGUUAUAUGGGGAACUUAAUCGUAGACAGUAUAUUACAUCCAGUAUUAUGUCAAUUGCCCCCAGCUUGGAGAAACAGACUGGAGUCUGACAUGGAAGCUAAGCAAUCUACUGGUGUAGAAGGGUCAGCACACAUGUAUUUUAGCCACCUAAACAAAUCCCACUUAAAAAAAAUCAAUAUGCUAUACUGAGACCUAUAUACACUGCUUUGCUUUAAUGUCAGACAGUGAUUUCUAACGGGAAAAUUAAGCUGUUCUGUCACUCCAGACUCCUUUGAGGGACAUUGCUGAACACAGGAGCUGCUGGUCUACCACUUCCUCGAACAGUUUGUUUGAGUAAUUGUGUGAUUUUUGCAUUUAAAAGGUUUAGUUCAGAUUCACCAGAGUCACACAAGAAUACUAACUAACUAACUGAUUGAAACUGGGGUAGACCAGCAGCUACUGUGUUCAGCAUGCUGAAAUUACUGUUUUUCCCAAGGGAGACCGGUGGCUUUGACGAGAGCAUUGAUGGGGAAAUGAAGCUGUUCAGGCUCUCUGAUGGAAAGGUUAAGUGCUGAAAAUACUGUCAAUAUAGCUUCCACUUAGACUGAUAUUCUUUUAGAUGGGACUUUUUUUUAGGUGGUUUAAAAUGUUUUGUUGCUGGCCCCCAUACACAGCAAUACAUUGCUUAACUUCUAUGACGGACUCCAGCCUGCUUCUCUAAUCUAUGGGUGUGCCGACAGAUGUCUACUGCAUGACUACUCCGUACAACCCCACUUAAAAAAAUUUGAACUAUCCCUUUUAAAUCGCCAAAUAAGUCAGCAUCUUUGUCUAUAGAUGGUGACAAUGGCUCAGAGGUAGAGUGGGUCGUCCACCAAUCGGAAGAUCAGCGGUUCAAACUCCCUGGCUCCCAGUCUGCAUGUCCAAGUAUCCUUGAGCAAGAUACUGAACCCCAAAUUGCUCUCGAUGAUGCUUCCAUCGGUGUGUUGCUGUAAGACAGACCACUUAAUGAACCAGAACUUCCCCAAGCCAGAGAUAUUUAUGGCAAAGGCAGACCACAAGACCGUCGGCGGAGAUUCUCUCCUCCGUCAAUGACCACCAAUAUUAUUUCAUCACCUGUCAUCAUGUCGCCGCGAAAAAGACCCCUAAUCCCUGUAAGCAGCCGGCGGAAAGCAGUGGAUGACUUCUUUCCUUUCAACUUCCUGCCAGUGGAAUGCCAGCUGCACGUCUUGUCCUUUUUGAAUGAGGUGGAUAAAUGUAGCUGUGCUUUGGUUUGCUUGAGCUGGAGCUGCCUGGUCCGCUCAUGGAAGCUGUGGCGGGUGGCAGACUAUUCCCGUCGCGGCGUCUUCCAUCUGGGUCAGGAGGGGCUGCUUGUUUCUAACCGUGAGUUUGAGAGGUGGAAAUCCUGGGUCCACCAUUACACCCAUCACCUCAUCUCCCGGCGGGCCAGCCUGCUCACACUGAAGGCCAGCUUCGACCUGGGGGAUCGCUGCAACAAGUGGGGUGACCUGCUCAGUCACCUGCUGGAUAAUGUCCACUGCAGAGACCUGAGCCACCUGGACCUUAACUGGACAUUUACUCUUCUUGAGCCACUGGACCUCAGAGUGCACUCCAGCUCCAGUUCGCACCAGGACAGCAUAACCAAGAUGGACCAGGUGACCAGUUUCCAGGAGCUGCUGACCAAACUCACCCACAGCUGCCCACGCAUCUCCAAAAUGCGGUUACACUUUGACUGGUCGGAUGUGUCCGUGUCACUGCUCACUCAGUUCCAGCAGCUCCGAGUCCUUGAGCUCAAAUACUUCUGGGUCUUUAAAGGAGUGACGCCCACAACACUGCAGACCCUGACCAAAUCCUUGCCUAACCUGAAGUCUCUGACAUUGCAAAUCCUUGUGCCGCUGAGGAACCUGGGCAUCUCGUACAUUUUGGAGUCUCAGUCUCUGGAGUUCCUGGACGUGUCACCCAGCCGAGGCUUGGUCUUCUCAUGUCUGAAGCUACCUGCCUUGCGUGAGCUUCGAGCCAAGAAGAUUGUUCGCGGCAUCACACUGGACCGCAGGACCAGGCUGAGUAUCCAGAGCCGGUGGCCCUGCCUUUACCACGUCCUCCGAGAGGGGACGCCAAAGCUCCAGGCCCUCAACAAUGAGAGACUACUUCCUACAUGGAGAGAGGAGAGCUAUGGGGAGCUGUCUGCCAUCCUGGAACAGUCCUGUUACUGUGUUCAGCAUCUAGACAGCUGGCUUUGGUAGUCAACUGCGUGACUUGAAACUAAGUACAUUAGACAGGUGGUCAUUAGUAAUGUAUUGCUUUUAUACACACACCAUAUUUGUCCCCAUUUGAAUGAACUGAACAUGUCCUCAGAGGGACACAUUUUUGCACAUAGUUGCAGAUAACAAAAUAGUCUUGAAAAGAAAUUAAAGGACUGCAAGUUGUUUUUUUUUUCACUUCUUAAACAGAAAGCUGCUGUUACAGUUGGAAACACGUACCAAGGACAAUGAUACACAGUGUGUCUACAACUGUUUUAAUUAGUUUGCCCAUUAUGUCCAAAAAGCAAAGGUGCUUCAUGCUGAUUGCACUGUGUUGUGCUGGCCUGGAUUUGUUUCCACCAAAGUUCUGCGCUGGAAAACUGACAACAUUAACUACAACCCGGAGCUGAGAGUGAAUGUGAAAAGAAGACUUGAGUGUAAUGGUGACUCAGAGUUGUGGAGAAUGCCUUCUAAAUUGUAAAAGAGAGAAAUGAUUGAGAACCAGGAGAAAAUGUAUAUGAAGUUUUAUUUUCGUUACUUUUUACAAUGAGCCUCAACUGUUUGCUUCUGUCGAGUCAGAAAUGGAAGCAGUGCUUUUGCAAUGAUCUUUCUAAACAGCAGAGGUCCUUACUGUCACAGAUUUGACUGUGGAGAUUUCUCUCCCAAAGGUCUUACAACUCAAACUUGUGUUUACAUGUGCAUUAGUGUAACCUUGUCUCUUAGUGGACCAAAAGAUUCUGAACAUUUCACUUGUCACUUGUCAACACUUGUGCUCAUGUGUUGUAUGAGUAGCAGAUGUGUGCAUGAGGGUAUUUUUGCAUCAAUGUAUUUGUGAGAUUUGGCUGAUAUGAUGGAAGGUUUGAGUGGAGAACAUUUCACAGAAUUCAUCAUGAAGAA